AUGUUUAAGUCGAUAGAUGGCGAUAGAAUUCAAAUCCUGACUUGGUGUGGUGAAAACGAUAUCCAGUGGAAAUUUAUACCUCCUCGUGCCCCAUACUUCGGAGGACUUUUAGAGGCUGUGAUAAAGUCCGCCAAUGAUCUGUUCCAAGAGAUCGGCCACGUUAACAUUAACCAGGAAGAUAUGCUAACCCUUCUGGCACAAAUCGAAAUGUGUCUCAACUCAAUACCGUUGACCCCGAUCCCAACUGCUCCCAUUGACCUCGAAGCUCUAACACCAGGGCAUUUUCUGGUUGGCUCCAACUUACAAGCUAUACCAGAAAUGAGCCUGGCUACCAAUUCAGAUAAUCGUCUGGAUGAUUGGCAACGCACCCAGAAGCUAUUCCACCGUAUAUAG